AUGGAUACAUUCCGAUAUCUUUUAGUUUUAGGCUUGGUUAUCAUCCAAGCGUUUCAAACAUAUGCUCAAUGUUUACGUGGAUGUAGCUGUGUAUCAGACAGAUACGAAAGGUCACUGACGUGUAUGGACGGUACGUUCCAGGUCAUACCAGAAAACAUACCUGAAGAUAUCAAAACAAUUCGAAUAGAGAAAUCUUCCUUUACUGAGAUCCCUCGCGGUGCGUUCUUAUCGCUGACAGCUCUGGAAAGUCUGUGGCUAAAUUUCAAUGACAUCACUAUUAUGAAUGUUAAUUGUUUGGAGGGCAUAGGAAAUCUAACGGAACUUAGACUGCAAGGCAACAAACUCAGAUCAGUACCAUGGACAGCGUUUAAGGAUACUAGAGCGCUGAAAAUUUUAGACCUCAAGCACAACUUUCUCGACGUACUGCCGGAACACGCUUUCAAAUUUUUGUCAAGUCUCACUUUCUUGGACUUAUCUUUCAAUAAGCUUACGAUCAUUUCCAAGGAUGUUUUUCUAAACUGGCCUCUUUACCAGAGUGUACAGAGAAAUGGCGGGCAGGAAUUAGGAUUCACACCUAAUGUUGUCUUGGCACUUCACGAUAACACCUGGCUUUGUGACUGUCGUCUUAAAGGAUUCGUCGAGUUUAUCAGGUCUCUCAGCCCACCCAUUAUCCUGAUGAACUCUUACUUGAAAUGCGCAGGGCCUGAUCUCAAGGCAGGUAAAUUAUUCCAUGAAUUAGAACUGAUGACGUGCAUGAAGCCUGUCGUCACCGGCCCAACGACCAACAUUUCAAUGCACGUUGAAGGGAACAUAACACUCCGCUGCUUGGCCAAGGCCAGGCCCGAUCCCGCAGUGUGGUGGACAUAUGGUCUCAAGUUGAUACGAGGAUUUCAUGAGUCACAAGAGAGGGUUAACGAGGACACUAUCAGCGCUCAGCUGGAGAUCCCCUCCCUCCAUCUGGCUGACCGUGGUAUAUAUACCUGCAUUGCUAACAACUUCAUCGGCAACUCCUCCGUCAGCAUUUUCCUGGAUGUCUGCCCUCCUGAUGGCUCCCUGCCAGCUCGCUCGGCCCUGUCCCCCAUGCCUGCUGCCUCCUCCGAGGACAAUGUUUACAUUGACAUCCGCAUCGCCAGACAGACGGUCUACGGCAUCACCAUUGAGUGGUACGCAGUCUUGGAGCGCCCAGCGGAAACCUGGUUCACCGUCCACUUUGGCCAAACAGACUCUGCUAAAAAGGAGUUGAUCUACAUUGGCCCAGGUAUCAAUUCUUACACUGUUUUAGAUUUAAUGCCUGCCACAAAGUAUGACAUCUGUGUCACCUUGAAGAACGAGGCUCCCCGUGUCGGCCAGUGCAUCCUGUUCAUGACUGGGAGUGGCAUCAGUGAACUGGAGCAGCGGGAGAAGCUUAUCCAUAUUGUUGUGAUAGUCUUUGCUAUGGUUCUGGCUGUGCCAGCGGGUAUGUAUGCCUGUACCACUGACACUAAGUUCAACUGCCUGGAACGGGUCUUGGACUUCUGUAAAAACAAGCUUUGGGAGAGUACAAGUCCAAGAAAGGCAGGGAAGAGUCAAGACACCUUUGAUAGCCUGCAGGCUGCCAGUGAUGAGGGCCUGAUAAAGGAUUUCCAUGAGGGGAAGAAUGUCCGCAGGAGGUCUGAUGACCAAUUACAGAAGAGCAAAUCGAAUCACAUUAAACACACUGAACUAUAUUAA